AUGGCUAAAAACGCCAAUGCGGGAUUGACAAGUUCGGUUGCAAAAGGCAUAGUGGAAAGUCUCUGCUUAGGUGAUAUUGAUGAGGUAUGGUUUUUUCGUGUUCUGGAAGGAAGCAGCAAUGUUAUGGAUGAUGUGUCACCAUGCUUUCCGAUUCAAAGCCCGAAUGGACCAUUGAUGGACUGUACGGAGAUAGCGCUGAUGGAAGCAUUCGAGGAAUCGCGAAUGGUGGUAGGUGACCCAUGA